CAGCGACAGAAGCGCAAAGAUGGCGAGAAAGAGACGUGCCGCCGAAAUGAACAAUGCCGAUGAGGCUGAGGACAACCACCACUCACCCGCCGCAGAGGAAACGAAGCCGACAGCUGAGGAUUUAAACGAGGUCAACGACAACAGCAGCGUCAGCAGCCAGGAGAGCACAGCCGAACCGCAGCCGGAGCCCUACCGCAAGAAACUGAAAGAAGGCGAACCCGGUACCCUCACUGGUCGCCCCCUGCGUCUCUACGCCGAUGGAAUCUUCGAUCUCUUCCACUUUGGACAUGCCAAGGCUCUGCAGCAGUGCAAGAAUGCGUACCCCAACACGUACUUGCUGGUUGGCUGCUGCAGUGACGAGAUUACGCACAAACUCAAGGGCCGGACCGUCAUGACGGACAAGGAGCGUUAUGAGUCUCUACGUCACUGUAGAUGGGUGGAUGAAGUGGUGGAAGACGCUCCUUGGGUGCUGUCCGACGAUUUUCUCGAGAAGCACGACAUUGACUAUGUGUGCCACGACGCACUACCGUACUCGGACACAUCGGGCGAGGCGUCAGAGGGCGACGUGUACGCUCGUAUUAAGGCGAUGGGCAAAUUCCUGGAGACGCGACGUACGGACGGUAUCUCGACAUCCGACCUCAUUAUCCGUAUCAUCGCAGAGUACGACACGUUCAUCCGCCGCAACUUGCAACGCGGGUACUCGGGCAAGGACAUGAACGUCCCUUUUAUCAAGGAGAAAAGUAUCAAGUUUGACAUGGCAGUAGAUAAGGUGCGCAACGACGUCGAUGGUUUCGUGCACAAGUGGAUGAACAAGGCCGAUGAGAUGCAGCACAACUUUCUGGAACUUUUCAGCAAGGAAGGCCGUCUGCGCACAUCGUUCCGCAAGCGCCGAAAGAUCAUCAAGGAGCGAUUGUCGGAGCGAAUGUCCGAGAUGGCGCGCGAAGGAUUGUGCUAAACGAAGCUGCGGGAGUUCUCUCACACGCCCCUCUUGCAAAUACUUGAGACGGCGAGUGUGCAUUGCUGUGAAGCAGGUCUCGCUAGCUGUGUCUUGGGUUGUGUAACGACUGAGUCAAAAGAGUUAACUGAGAAAUGACAAGACAUACAGAUCU